AUGCACGAUUCUAAGUCCAUUGCGGCAGGUGGGGUGUUUGUGUCGAAAUCGAAGUUGAAGUCGGGGUUGGGAUCACCGGGUGUUACCUCCUCCUCUGCUUGCGCUCAUGUCUUCAUCCCCCCGUUCUCGCGCAUCACCCAGUUCAUCGCCACUACAAACGCGAACCAACACCCAGACCCAAAUGCGUACGCAGAGUCCUUACAAAAUGUCUCUAACGCGAAUGGUAUUCCACGCAACACCCUCUUCACCCAGUACACCUACAUCCUCCGCCAAAACUCGCGCUCAUCGACAUCUUCUGGGUCGUCUAAAGGCAGUGGUGGUGCGGGGUUGAGGAGGAAACCGACUCCUGUUGAGAUGUUUUUGAAGGCUUGA